AUGGUUCUCAAUCGGUACGCCAUCAUCCCCCUCCUCCCUCUCCUCCAUCGGGGAGCCCUCGUCCUCGCUCUUCCACAGGGAAUCACCGCGCCGCCCGUGUCUCAAUGCACAGGCACCUCAACGUGGAUCGGUCUCGAGACCCCGAUCCCAAACUACCACGAAUGGUCGACGUCGCUCGACUCGACCUACGGCGACCUCCCCGCCACGGGAGUUAGGGCUACGGUGUUUACCACGGUCUUGAACCACGGCGGGCAGAUUAUCACGGCGUACGGGUUCUACGACUCGAAUCAUCUUUCGUCUGCUGGGUAUGAGGUCCUCACUGAGGUGAUUACCACCACGGGGACGUGCACGACAACUGCGACGCUUCCACCGUCGCCAACGGGGUCGGAUUGUAGUCCGCAUGGGGAUCAUUGGCACUGCGAGCCAACGACUCCUCCCUCUUCUGAAACCGACCCUCCAGCUGGAGAAUGCGAACCCCACGACGACCACUGGCACUGCCCGCCUGGAGUCCCCGAGCCAACGACUCCUCCACCUACAAACCCAGAGCCUGAGCCAACCACCACUGCCCCUCCUUCAGAGGGAGAGUGCGAGCCUCAUGACGAUCACUGGCAUUGCCCACCAGGAGUCCCCGAACCAACCACACCUCCACCAACCAACCCAGAGCCGGAACCAACAACUCCUCCCACCGAGACCGAGCCCCCGGCUCAAGGCGAGUGCGAGCCCCAUGAUGACCAUUGGCAUUGUCCGCCCGGUGUACCGGAGCCAACGACUCCGCCGCCGACUACGCCGACGGAUUCUCCUUCUGAUCCUCCUGCUGAAGGGGGAGAGUGUACACCCCACGGCGAUCAUUGGCAUUGUCCUCCGGGUGUUGAAGAACCAUCGACUCCGCCACCGACGGAUGAUACUGAGACCCCUACAGAUCCGCCAGCUGAAGGGGGUGAGUGUACACCUCACGGCGAUCAUUGGCAUUGUCCUUCGGGUGUUGAGGAGCCCUCGACUCCCCCUCCUUCAGAUGACGACACUCCGACAGACCCUCCAUCCGAAGGAGGGUGUACACCCCACGGCGAUCAUUGGCAUUGCCCACCUGGAGUUGAAGAACCCUCGACUCCUCCUCCUACAGACGAUGAUAGCCCUUCAGAUCCUCCUUCAGAAGGGGAAGAAUGUACACCCCACGGCGACCAUUGGCAUUGUCCUCCAGGAGUCGAAGAACCCUCUACCCCUCCUACAGAUGACACUGAGACUCCCACAGAUCCAUCGGAAGAGUGCACCCCGCAUGGCGAUCAUUGGCAUUGUCCUCCAGGAGUUGAAGAACCUUCCACCCCACCGCCAACAGACGAGACCGAGACGCCUACAGAUCCCUCUGAAGAGUGCACCCCGCAUGGUGACCACUGGCACUGUCCCGAAGGCGUCGAAGAGCCCUCAACUCCUCCUCCGACAGAUGAUGACACCGAGACAGACCCAUCCGAAGAAUGUGUCCCGCACGACGACCACUGGCACUGUCCCGAAGGCGUCGAAGAACCCUCUGAGCCUCCGACUCCGACAACCUCUGAUCCGCCGCUGUUCACGGGUGCUGCCACAAAGAGGGGGCCUCUAGGGCUCGACUCGGUCGUUUUGGCUGCGUUUGUUGCUGCGCUGGGUCUACUGCUUUGA